CUAACUUUCUGAUGCGCACAAAACAACGGCGAAUAAUCACACCCAUAGUUUUUUCGUUUAUUUAUUGUUUGUAUAAUUUUUAUAACGUGUGAACAUUACGGUGCGACGGAUUUCACAAAACUUCCAAAUACAAGAUAAACGAUCCAAAAAAGUGAACAUUGUUGUUGUUAUUCAAAAUUAUAUCAAAGCCUACACAGAAUUUUUUUUAUUUACCGGCACGAAGGUGUUUUUUAUUUAAGACAGUUGUUUUCACAAUAGUAUCGAGUUUGUUUUCACUUUUCUGAGUUUUCUAAUUUGCGCAUAUUUUAUUAGUUGGAUUGGACAUAUUAGCCACAAAUCUAUUGGCUUAGUCCAUCUCUGUUCAACAUACCAAAAAAAAAAUAUUAGUUGGAUCUAAAAUAAGAAGAAAGGAAAUUGUUUUUAUUACGCGAGUGUAUAUAUGUACAAAUUGUAGUUUUGCUCGUGAUGGCAAUUAAAGUAAUUAAUUGAUGUUGAUUAAAAGUAAUUAAGCAAAAAAUGCUUGUAGGAAAGAGAGCGGACGCUUGUAAAAAAAAUUUAAGUCCAUAAAAAAGUAAGUGAAAACAAUUUAUUAAAAAGGAGUAUAGUAAAGACUGAUGGUUUUGUUGCUCAAGUUGCGGUUGGCUCGCUAAUAACUUUGUGAAGCAUAAAUUUCUGUUCUUUCUAUAAAAACAUGUGUGACCAAAAAGAGCUAAUAAAUGUGCUUCGCUAGUAGUUUGGUAGAUUUCCAUAAAAACGUAUUUAAAGCAAUUACUGGCGGACAAAGUUUGCAUAAAGUGGUAAAGUUUGCAUAUUUCUAUUAAAAGUUUGGAUAAGCCUGAUAGUGCCAGUAACAUUACGGUUCCAAAUAAUUUGAAAAAUACAAACAUGUCACGCAAUAAAUCACGUUUGCAGGCGGAAGUUUGCGGCGAUUGUGGAGCAACUGACCCCUCUUGGGCAUCUAUCAAUCGCGGUAUCCUUUUAUGUCCAGAUUGCUGCUCCAUUCAUCGCAGCCUAGGACGUCAUAUAUCAAUUGUGAAAUCUUUACGGCACGGAAUAUGGGAACCUUCAGUAUUGAACUUCGUUAAUUCGCUCAACGCCCACGGUGCCAAUAGUGUAUGGGAACAUCAUUUGUUGGAUGGUACCACCUCUUCAAACAUUAAAGGCUCUUCUCGUCUACGAAAGCCCUCACCAAAAGAUGCUUUACAUCCCAACAAGUCGGAUUUUAUUAAAGCUAAACACGUACAACUAGCCUUUGUACUGAAACCUAACUUGCACGACGAUGAUGACGUAAGAGGGUCAUGCCUUGAAAAAGAACUCAGCAAACAAUUACAUGCAAGUGUGCGUACUAGCAAUUUAGAGAUAUCGUUGCGUUUGCUUGCACAGGGAGCUGACCCUAAUUUCUUUCACGAAGAAAAACGCUCUACACCAUUACAUGUAGCAGCAAAAUUCGGCCAAGUUUCACAAAUCGAAUUAUUGAUUAUAUAUGGAUCCGACAUAAAUGUCAUUGAUGGUAAUGGGUUAACAUCGCUAGAAGUAGCCAAAACCAACAAUCACACUUUAGUAGCUGAACGUUUACUUGAGGCCAUGUAUGAAGUUACAGAUCGUAUAAUUAUGUUUCUAGGGGGCAAGAAACCCGAGCAUGCGAGUGGUCGACAUUUACUUAUUCCAGAAGUAAACUCCGGCGACAUUAGUGAUCAAUUAAAAGUAGCACGCGGUCGUUUACAGUUAGUGCCCAAUAAAAUCUUUGAAGAGUUAGUAAUGGAUCUCUAUGAUGAAGUGGAUCGCCGAGAAAAUGAAGCCAUUUGGGCCUGUUCCGUCUUUAGUGCUGAAAAUGUUGUACCGUUUUUGCCAGCCAAUCCAUUCUUAAGUGCUACUCGUAAUCAGGGUCGCCAAAAGUUGGCGCGUUUUAGUCGAACUGAAUUUAAUGGAUUAUUGACGGAUGUUUUAAUUGAUGCUCGCCGACGUCAAAACAUGGCUAAUUUGCGUCCACUGGACAUGCCAACAACUGCGUCAUCGCGGUCUACAAUGCAAAAUAAUAACUUAUCAUUUUAUAAUAAUACUAAUGCGAAUGUAGCUGACCCAAAUUUGUCCGAUGAUGAACCUAUCUAUGAUCCAGUAGCUGAUGAUGAUUACGAAGCAAUGCCAGCUAUAGCACAGCAGACCAUUCCUCAUCAAUCAGCCACCCAGGAAGAAACUAACUUAGAAAUGGAAAAUUUACGUAAACAGAUCAACGAUUAUGUUUCAGAAAUAAAUCAGUUAAAGACAGUUGUACAAAAACUGUCCAACGAAAAUUCAGAAUUGAAGUCAAAAUUUUCAAAUGUGACUCAAAGAACUUUAAACGCGUCAGACAGUAGCAUUUAUGACGAACCCUUACGGAUUGAUUUUACCCCAAACGAUCAAGAACAAGAGCUUCAUUCUUUGCCUGAGGGCUUAACCACCAAUCCUAUGAUGGUAAACAUAUCAAAUUGUUCGUCUUCAACUACUUCAUCGGCCACCAAUUCUAACCAAUCAACCAUUAAGCGCCCCGCCAGCAUGUAUGAAAGGCGUUUGACUGCUACUUUUACAAAGACGCAAAAUGAUUCACGAAAUACAACUUCUAUGUAUCAAAUGGCGGGUGAUAAAGUGCUUAGAGAAGAGCUCAAUCAAAAAGCUGAUAUUGUUACUCACCGCCUUAAAGAGUUAAUACACUCUAUGCAAGAUCCGGGCAAUCACGGAAGUUUAGUACCUUGCGCCGAACACAUUAGGACGUCGGUUUUGGAACUAAUCAAAGUGUUUGCUGUACCGUCAAAUUGUAACGACAUUAUACGUGAAACCUUAAUGCAACUAAAUCGAAAUAAUAUCUUAAUACAACACAGUUGUGAAAACUUGCGUAGCGCCUUGGAUACGGAUGAUACGGCCGCCGUCGACAAAUACACUAAAGAUGUCCGCGAGUGUGCUUACUACAUAGCCAGUGCCACAAAAACUUUGGUUUUACAAUUAGAUUAAGGACGAAACUUAAAUAGCUUUUAUUUAAUUAAUCAUCCAAACCGAACUUUUUAAAAUGGUUUUCGAAUAUGUAAGAAGAAUGUUUAAGAAAAAUCUACAAAAUUAAACAACCUUAUGUACGGGCACUCAUUAAACAUUGAUCUAAAUACAACCUUGUUUUAGUUCCACUGAAACCAAGUUGGCAACGAAUUUUAUAUUAUAGCUAUGAUAAAGAUUCUUCACGUUUAUAAAAGAAAUUGAUUGUUAGAUUGCUAUACUUCUGUAACUUCAAUCUUUAGGGGAAAGUUGAUUUUCGUUUUUAUUCGUCACCGAUGCCGUUUCUAUCGAUCAUGUUGAACAACGGUGAGAAGUAAACUUUGAAAUGUACAUAGAGCUCUAAAAAAUAUGUUAAGGUAAUACAAGGAAAUAAUUACUUAACGCUUUUUAAUUUAAGCAAAUAAAGAUUGCCAUAGCGGUUGACGCAAUAAAACGCGUAUUAUACGUUUGAAGAUUUUCAGAGUUAAUUUUUUCAUGUUUAAAAAAAAAUCAACGCACUUUUUGUGGAGGUAUUAAAAUAGUCCGCAGAAAUCUUUUUUGUGAAAUUUAGUCUUUAGCAAGAAAAAUGGAAUUCGUUACUAUUAGUUAGUGGUACUAACUUGUACGUGCAAAAGACCAACCAGGCAGUGAUUAAUGCCGCCUGAUUGCAAUUGAUAAAUGAUAUUAACUUAAUUAAAGUAUUAAAAUUGAAAAAACUUUACAUUAUUCGAUAACAUUAAUGAAAUAUUGAGCUUGCAAUUUCUACACUUACAGCGAAUAAUCACUUAAGCCAGACGAUGUGUACAUACUUGACGUACGUCGCGAAUUAAAAUCGUAAACAAAAUUAAAACCAAAAGAAAAUAAAUCAAAAGUAACACACUUCAAAACGUGUUAAGUUGCAUAAACCUAUGAAUAAUAUGUGAUACUGAAAAGUAAAGAUAUGCAAAUAAUAAGAUUUUAAAA